UCAAGCCCCGCCUUUCCCAGAAGCGUUGCUUCAGUAGUUGCUGUUCUGAGCUCGGCUCCAGCCUGUCGGCCCCUGGGAGUAGGCCACGGGGGUCUCAGGCUUUCCCCGGGACCGCAGCUCCGGCCGGAGACUCCACCCUUGCUGCCUGGCCUCCCACAGGCCCCCGCCACCGGGCGAGAGGACCCCCCGAGAGAACGUGGUGUGCCUCCCGAAGACACCUCUAAUUCUCCCAUGGGCACAGCGAGGUCAGUUUUGGGGCCACAGGAGCCGCUGGACAACCAGGCAGAGACAAGAUGCUCGAGGGACCAGGAGGGCAUCCUUCUGAGGGAGGGCAUGCAGCAACAAGAUAGGGACCUGUCCGCUGAAGAAAUAAGGUUUUUGGAAGAGUAUCCCAUCAUCAAAGAAGAGAUGGAAGCGAACAUCAGAAAACUCCAUGCCCUUGCAGACCACAUUGACGCAACUCAUAGAACGCAGAUCAAGACCAACAUGGUGACCAGCUCCGUCGCGGUGGUCUCAGGAGCCAUGAACUUCCUGGGUCUGGCCCUCGCUCCGGUAACAGCGGGAGGAAGUCUGAUGCUCUCUGCUGCUGGUAAAGUUUUGGGAACAGCAGCCACGACCACCGGCAUCGUCACCAAUGUUGUGGAACACUUGCAAAAUCAAGACAUCCAAGCUCAGGUCAGCAACCUAGUGCCUACCCACAGCCACAACGCCCGGGAGGCUGAGGUCGAGAACGCAGUCUGCGCCAUGACUGUCCGGAAGGUGGCCUAUGAUUAUAGGAGUAAAAUCAAGGACGUCAAGAGGACCAUCCAUGCCCUUCAGAUAGCCAGGGAGCGCCCGCGCCUGGUCACUGCUGCCAAGCGCCUCAUGACCACUGGCCAAGUCUCGGCCCGGAGGAGCAGGCAGGUGCGGAGGGCCUUCAAGGGCACCACGCUGCUGAUGACGAGAAGUGCUCGCUUGAUGGGGAGUGUCAUGGCUGGGCUCUCCCUCCACGGGGAUCUGACCACCCUCCUGAGGAACUGGAAGCAACUGAAAGAGGGAGCAAGCAGCACGCUUGCAGAAGAGCUGAGGGCCGAGGCUUGGGAGCUGGAAACGAAGCUGACAGAACUCUCCCGGCUCUAUGAGAGCCUGUGGCAGAAGAAACUGUUGCAAGAGCAAAGGCCCGGGAACUCAUUUUUUUUAUUUUAUUUUAUUUUUUAUUCUCUUUCUUUUUCUUUUUUUUAUUUUUUUUUCUUUCACCGAAGCUCAUCUUAGGCGGAGCCACGGGGUCUCCGCCUUGCCCCCUCAUCCCCCCUGCCCCCAGGCAGGUGGGCAGGCUUGGCAAGGCAGGAUCCCAGGUGACAGGAGAGGAUGAGGGCAGGUGGGGACCACAGGUCACUGGGCAGAAAGAAGGGCACAGGGUAGGGGCAGGCUGGGUUGUGGGCAGAGGCGAUGCCCGGAGUGUUAGCAACCGGGAGGGCCCACUGGGUCCUGAGGGCGCUGCGAGCCAGUGAGCAUGGUGAGGUCAAUCUGUCCUGCCUCCCCUCCCCAGCCUGCUUCCUUUUGUUCCCUCUCCCUCUGCUGGGGGCAGGGGGCACCUCAUUCCCACUGCCUCUCCCGUGUCCCGGUCACUCCCUCUCCCCCUAGGUCCGCAGGAAGCACAUGUGGAUCGGUGCGGGCGCUAUAACACAUUCAGAGGAUGAGCCAGGAGGGUCCCCAAGGGUGUUGUUUCUUCUGCGGAAUGUCUGGAAGAAAAAUGUAGAAGAAUGAAUGAGAGUGGAGUUCAGAGAGCCACCUCCGACACUCAUUUGCCUACUUCCACUGGUGCUCGAGCCCCGAGGAAUCCUGCAGAAUGGGUGCCUUCACCUCCUUCAUUGCACCUCCCCGCCAGUUAAGACUUUGCACUCCUCGCCAAGGGAAGCCCUUCCACCCUCGGUGCUACUCAGGACAACCCCACCCUAACCACCUGCCUGUCUCGUCCAGUCUGGGGGCGGUUGUUUGUUGGGACCCCAUGACUGCCCACCACGGUGGGUCAGGAGUUCUGGGAAGCCUAUGGGUUCGGAGGUGAGGAGACACACACAUUCACGUGCUGCACUGAGAGAGGAGCAAGCUGUUAGGUGCCCCGUGAUGCCACAACCUACAUGAGUUGGAAGCUUUUCCGAAGCGUUGGGCUGAUCAGUGGCCAGUGAAUUUGUCCUGCCCGUGCUGAGGUCUGUGACAGCAGCAGACAGGAGGUCAAUAGUCCUGCUCAUGCCCUGCCCCUCAUACUAGCAGGAAAUUAGGAAUCUCAGUCAGUAAGCUAAACCCCAGGGCAGCUGGGGGAAGCGUGACAGGCCCUGCUUAGGUUUCAGAAGCCUCAUGUACCCAGACUCAUCAGCACCUGACUAACGGUGGGUGGCCUCAAGGGCCCUUCCGUGUCUUUGGCUCAUCCAAAUCCAUCCUCAACCAUGAGCUUCAGGGGGCCCUUGAAUCUGUGAUUAAAUGCAAAAUAUUGUCAUCUACAAAUCAGUCCCAUGAGUCUAAAGUCUAACCUUCCAUGGAAAGUCCGCAGUUAGCAGGUGACAAUCAACCAUCUAGUAGAACAGCCCCGCUCUGCCCUUCACUCGGCUGCUCCCUCUGUACCAAGCACUUCUGUCUGAAUCGUCCUGGGUCUGCUGUUGGGCAGUAAAAAGUUUGCUUCCAAGAGGUUCUGAAGUGGAUCAGAUCAAAACACUAAUUAAUUAACUCCAAGGUCUUGCUAUAACCAGAGUUUCUCCCAUUUCCCUUCCCAAAUGAUAUGAAACCGUGUUGAAUAGAGCUCUUCAAAGAUUUUGCAAUGAGAUCAAGAUUUAGCAAAAGGAUAGUCCAACAGUAAAAAAGCUGAAAGGAGAAUGCUCACCCUUUCCAUUGCAGAUUUCCAGGAGAAAAAAAAUAUUAAAAUUUGAUCUCCUUGCAAAUUAAAGUUUAAAAGAGUUAGUCUGAAAUCAAAUUGUGUUGCCCUCAGGAGAUACAAGUUCGAAGAGAUCAAAAUCUUUUAAAGUCCAAAGGAAUCAAAGCCCCAAAUCAGUUUCUCUUCUAGAGCCUGAUGCAGUUUUUUCAAGUAAAAAAAAAUCAUCCUCCCAGACGUCUUCUUUUGGUUCUCUUUGGCUAAAAGGGUUCUUUAAGUUUUUAAACCUCGGAAUAAUUCCAAACAUACAGGAGAGUCCCAGAAUAGUAAAAACUCUCAUAAACCUCCGGCCAGAUUCGCAGCUCUUCACGUCUCGUCCAGGGCCCGUUACCAAUCCCGAGGCUCAGCUCCAAGCCCGCCGAUGCCUCGGCGGGAGGCUGCGCGCAAGGCUUUGUCCGGCAGAGGGCGCUCUGCAGACUACUCCGCCUGGUCCUGGGGAGCUCCGCAUCAGCCCCCGCGGGAGGCCGGUGGGGAGGUGGGGAGGGAUCCCAGGGAGCCCAACAUCACCCUAGAGGCAGCUUUCUGGAGAGCUCCAAGGGCCCCCCACCCCCAGCUUCCCAGCUGAGGUUUUCCCUGAAGGCGGCCCCUGCCCGGUUGGACUCCCAAGGAGGUCAGCAGCACCCCCACGACCACCACCUUGUGAGUUUUGGGCCUCACCCCAGAGGGCAGGUGCCUUCCUCUAGCCUUGGCCAGUAACACCUCAGCAAACUCCUCUGCCUCCAUUCCUUUUUUUAAAAAAAUAUUAUUUAGGGACGCCUGGGUGGCUCAGUGGUUUUGCAUCUGCCUUUGACUCAGAUCCUG